AUGAGCUCCAGGUUUGAUCACAAUACAGCUCAUCAGAGAACGCAGCUUUUCGGUCCGAACUAUGGGAAGCCGGUAAAACGGUCAAGCUCUCCGUUCAGCAACCCCUCCAUCGACUAUUCGCAGUCCACACUAGCGCAAUUGGAAUCACAAAGCGACGCGGAUGUGGGUGUGAUGCGGGAAAAGAUAAUGGCGCUAAAGACGUUGUCUGAACGGAUGGGCGAGGAGAUCCGUGGCAGCAGCAAGACUCUCGACAGUUUGGGAAGCACAUUCGACGCCACAGCAAAUAAAUUGAAACGCACAUAUAAAAAGAUGAUGGUAAUGGCGAGCAAGUCCCGAAUUAGUGUCAAGGUGUGGCUGGCGAUCUUUUUCGGGUUUGGAGUCUUAUUUUUUUACGUGUGGGUGCGUUGA